CGAUCUAAUUGCCAGAACCACUCUACUAAGUUGACACUUGUCAGAACAAAAGACAGCUAAGCAAGCAGCGGUGCAACCUACCUAAGCUAUCUCUCCUAUUUAACACACCCAACUCGAUCAGAAGCACAUCACUGUAGAACCCAACCAACAAAAAGCCCUAAAGAGCAAAGUCUAAUUGCAUCUAGCCUAGCUAAUCAUGGAGAACGGCGCCGGCGUUGGCAAAGGGGCAGCUGCUGCGGCGCCGGUGGCGGCAACGGCGGUGCGGGAGCAGGACCGUCUGAUGCCGAUCGCGAACGUGACCCGGAUCAUGCGUCGCAUGCUGCCUCCCCACGCCAAGAUCUCGGACGACGCCAAGGAGCUGAUCCAGGACUGCGUGUCGGAGUUCAUCAGCUUCGUGACCGGCGAGGCGAACGAGCGGUGCCACGCCGAGCACCGGAAGACAGUCACCGCCGAGGACGUGGUCUGGGCCAUGGACAACCUCGGCUUCGACGACUACGUCAUGCCCCUCACCGCCUUCCUCCAGCGCAUGCACGGGUGCGAGGCCCGGGUCGGCGCCGUUGCAAGGGCGCCGUCCAGCGCGCAGCACAUGGCCACCGCGCCGGGAAACGGCGUGCAGGUGCAGAUGCAUCGGGCCGUGUACGCGCCACCGGGUCCGGCGCAGGAGUAUGCCGUCGCGAUGGAGCCGCUAGUGCAGGCCACCGUCGUCUCACCGCACAUCGUGGGCGGCCAGGGUCAGCAGGGCGACGUGCUUUGCACAGAACAUGCUGUGACUCGGCAGUACCUUGGGAAUGGAGCUUACGGGGGUAGCAGCAGCCGUGGAGUCUGUGGCGACGAGGAAAGCUCGUCGAGCGGCGCGCCGGUGCCGGCGACUGGCACGGCGCUCUCAGACCCACAGUAGCAGAACUGUCACUGAGCAAACCUCAAUUUGUGUUUACUUUCCAUUGUUCUUCAGUACAAGUCAUGUUUUUCUUCCAGUGUCGC